GACCCGCCCAAGUUAAUCAGAUUCGCUGAAGAUGGCAACCCUGGGAGUAAUGUCUCCAGGCCUCCAUGUCCAUCAGUGCACACAGUUACUGAGAGCAAUUCAGAGCGGGAGCUGUAGGACCUUGCACAUGAGCCCAAGAUCAGCGGCAAAGGAAUACUAUGAUGUAGUCGUAGUCGGAGGUGGUGCUGGUGGAAUCACUAUGAGUGCUCGCAUGAAGAGGAAAGUAGGGGCUGGAAAAGUUGCUGUCAUAGAGCCAAGCGAGACACACUAUUACCAGCCAAUGUGGACGCUUGUUGGUGGUGGUGCUAAGAAACUAGCAAGCUCAGCACGUCCUACAGCAAGUGUAAUCCCAUCUGGUGUCAAAUGGAUUAAAUCAGAAGUGAAAGGCUUCGAUCCAGAAAAGAACUGCAUUCGGAUAGAUGAUGACAAAGAGAUAAGCUACAAAUAUUUGAUAAUUGCACUUGGACUGAAAUUGCAGUAUGAAAAGAUUAAAGGUUUGCCGGAAGGCUUCAACUAUCCCAAAAUUGGCUCCAACUAUUCUGUAAAAACUGUUGAAAAGACAUGGAAAGCACUGCAAGAUUUUAAGAAGGGGAAUGCCAUUUUUACCUUUCCAAACACUCCUGUGAAAUGCGCUGGGGCACCUCAGAAAAUCAUGUAUCUAUCAGAAGAGUAUCUACGGAAAACGGGAAAACGAUCGAAUGCCAAUAUCAUCUUCAACACAUCAUUGGGGGUUAUAUUUGGGGUAAAGAAGUACGCAGAUGCUCUCCUGGAGAUCAUCAAAGAGAGAGAUAUCCAAGUAAACUACAAGCACAGCCUUAUAGAAGUGCGGCCAGACGUACAGGAAGCUGUGUUUGAGAACUUGGACAAACCGGGUGAAACCAAAGUAUUUCAGUAUGAAAUGCUCCAUGUAACCCCACCGAUGGGACCACCUGAUGUUCUGGUGAACAGCCCAGUGUCAGAUGCAGCCGGCUGGGUGGAUGUAAGCAAGGACACACUACAGCACAAAAAGUAUCCAAAUGUUUUUGGAAUCGGAGACUGUACAAACCUUCCUACAUCAAAAACUGCAGCUGCAAUAGCUGCCCAGUCAGCGGUGCUUGAUAAAACCAUUUCAUUUGUGAUGAAAAACCAAAGUCUAUCAGCAAAGUAUGAUGGCUACACCUCAUGCCCACUGGUAACCGGGUACCGGAAAGUGAUUUUGGCAGAAUUUGACUACAACCAGCAGCCAUUAGAGACCUUUCCCAUUGACCAAGGAAAAGAGAGGAGAACAAUGUACCACAUGAAGGCAGAUUUGAUGCCUUCCCUCUACUGGUAUUUACUUCUCAGGGGAUAUUGGGGAGGACCUGCUCCAUUCAGAAAACUGAUGCACCUUGGACUGAAGUAACUGCAGUAAAGUGCACCCAUUCUCAAUGUGUAAUCCAGUGCCUGAUUUUUACAUGUAUCAUGCCACAUCUCCAACUGUUAAUAAAACACCUUUGGGUCCA